CUGGGUCCUGACCAGUUCCCAGUGUGCCACAGUGGCCACCAACACCUCACAGCUACACGUAGCCAUCACUGCUUUUUGUAGCAGCUAAGCCAUGUAAUGAGCACUUGGAGGAAAUCAGGUUCCUGCUGUUGUAGCACUGUAGCAAUGACCAGAGUUACACCCAUCCAAAUAUGAAGGAGGGCAGUGCAUCCCUGCUGUACAGAACAACUGGGAUGGAAGGAGGAGAUUUCUUGUAGCAGCAGCAAAGGUGAAACCAAAGCUCUCCCAGCACUGGAGCCCAGUCAGAAAACAGCUUAGGGGGUCCUUUUGGAGCACAUCCCUCUUUCUUUGCUAUUUCAGUCAAAAAAUCUGUUCCUCUCUCUUGCAGCCGGGCCACCAGCGCAGGACGGAGAUGCAGCCACAGCCCUGAGCGGGUGCUGCCAAAAACAUCUGUGACCCCCCUCCCUGGAGCCCAGCCGCAGCCAUGAGCGGGUUCUUCUCGCGGCUGGACCCGCGGCGGGUGCCGUGGGGGGCGGCGGGCCAUGCCCUGCGCACCCGCGUCCUGCGCACCAAGCCCGUGGAGUCCAUGCUGGAGGGCACGGGGACUGCGGCCACCCAGGGUGCCAGGCUGGCCAAGGUCCUCACCACCCUCGACCUCAUCUCCCUCGGCGUCGGGAGCUGCGUGGGCACCGGCAUGUACGUGGUGUCCGGCCUGGUGGCCAAGGAGAUGGCGGGGCCCGGGGUCAUCGUGUCCUUCAUCAUCGCGGCCGUCGCCUCCAUCUUGUCGGGCGUUUGCUACGCCGAGUUCGGCGUGCGCGUCCCCAAGACCACGGGCUCUGCCUACACCUACAGCUACGUGACCGUGGGGGAGUUCGUGGCGUUCUUCAUCGGCUGGAACCUCAUCCUGGAGUACCUGAUCGGCACGGCCGCGGGGGCCAGCGCCCUCAGCAGCAUGUUCGACUCGCUGGCCAACCACACCAUCAGCCGCUGGAUGAUCAGCAGCGUUGGGACGCUGAACGGGCUGGGGAAAGGAGAGGAGUCAUACCCUGACCUUCUUGCUCUGGUCAUUGCUGUCAUUGUCACCAUCAUCGUGGCUAUGGGGGUGAAGAACUCGGUGGGGCUGAACAAUGUGCUCAAUGUCAUUAACUUGGCAGUCUGGAUCUUCAUCAUGAUUGCUGGACUCUUCUACAUCAAAAGUGACAACUGGGCUGAAGGGCAAUUCCUGCCCUUUGGAUGGCCAGGGGUGCUCAAAGGGGCUGCGACCUGUUUCUAUGCCUUCAUCGGCUUCGACAUUAUCGCUACCACGGGAGAAGAAGCGAAGAAUCCCAACACCUCCAUCCCCUAUGCCAUCACAGCCUCACUGGUCACGUGCUUGACAGCAUAUGUGUCUGUGAGCAUGAUCCUCACGCUGAUGGUGCCCUACGAUGCCAUCGACACCGAGUCCCCACUGAUGGAAAUGUUUGUGGUCCACGGCUUCUACGCGGCCAAAUUCAUCGUUGCCAUCGGGUCCGUGGCCGGACUGACCGUCAGCUUGCUGGGCUCCCUCUUCCCAAUGCCCAGAGUCAUUUAUGCCAUGGCUGGUGAUGGGCUGCUCUUCAGGUUUUUGUCCCACAUCAGUUCUUACACGGAAACCCCCGUGGUGGCUUGUAUCGUCUCCGGGUUCCUCGCAGCGCUGCUCUCCUUGCUGGUCAGCCUGCGGGACCUGAUAGAAAUGAUGUCCAUCGGCACCCUGCUCGCCUACACGCUGGUGUCCGUCUGCGUCCUGCUCCUCCGCUAUCAGCCCGAGAGCGACAUCGACGGCUUCGUCAAAUUCCUCUCCGAGGAGCACACCAAGAAGAAGGAGGGCAUCCUGGCUGACUGUGAGAAGGAAGCUUGCUCCCCAGGGAGCGAAGGAGAGGAGUUCUCCGGCCCACCGACCAACACGUGUGGGGCAAAGAAUCUGCCAUCGCUGGGGGAUAACGAGAUGCUGAUUGGGAAAUCCGAUAAAUCCGCCUACAACGUGAAUCACCCCAAUUAUGGCACGGUCGACAUGACCUCGGGAAUAGAGGCAGAUGAGUCUGAGAACAUUUACCUCAUCAAGCUGAAGAAGCUGAUUGGCCCUCGAUACUACACGAUGCGGAUCCACCUGGGGCUGCCAGGGAAGAUGGACCGUCCGACAGCAGCCACCGGCCACACGGUCACCACCUGCGUGCUCCUGCUCUUCGUCCUGAUGUUCAUCUUCUGCUCCUUCAUCAUUUUCGGGGCAGACUACAUCUCCGAGCAGAGCUGGUGGGCUGUCCUCCUGGUCGUGCUGAUGGUCCUGCUCAUCGCUGUGCUGGUGUUCGUGAUCUUGCAGCAGCCAGAAAACCCCAAGAAGCUGCCCUACAUGGCACCCUGUCUGCCCUUCGUCCCUGCCUUCGCUAUGCUGGUGAACAUCUAUCUCAUGCUGAAGCUCUCCACGGUCACAUGGAUCCGAUUUGCUGUCUGGUGUUUUGUGGGUCUGCUCAUCUACUUUGGCUACGGGAUGUGGAACAGCACUCUGGAGAUCAGCGCCCGGGAGGAGGCCCUGCACCAGAGCACCUACCAGCGCUACGACGUGGACGUCGACCCCUUCUCUGUAGACGACAGCUUCUCCUUCGCCCCUGAGGGUGAGAGCUACCCGGGCUGGGAUCCUCCCGAGGACAAGGGCUUCUCGUACCAGCAAAUGGCGGGCGCCAAGGAAAGCCAUCGGACAAGUAGCAGGUCGAAAAGCAAAGGCAGGCACAAAGCGCCAUCAGAGGCUCUCAUUGCCAACGAUGAGUUGGACUACUCGCCCGAGUAGCAGGACGGGCAGCGGGGUGCCACACCACCCAGACCAUGAGGAAGGGUCCCUGUGGCUCCCUCGUCCUGUCCCAUCCUCCCCGGGUCCUCCACCACCGCCCUGCUCACCUCCGGUCCUCGGGACACGCUCUGCGAUUGCCGUUGACCCCGAACCAAAAUCACUCGUGGCCCGUCCCAGCUCCACCAGUCGGGUCUCGCCCCGGUGAAUGCUGGCUGAUCCCCCAGCACUUGUUGAUCUCCUGGCGCCAGCUGCACCAGUGGAGGCAGUGGAGUGGGAGACGUGCCAAACUGGCAGGGUGUUGAGAGGUGGAAGGAGCCACAUGAGGGGACAAGACAAAUUGUCCCUGGGGAAUGUCCACCCGAAGGCCGCAGCAGUGGGAUGUCACUCUUACAUUUUUGGCACUUUCUUGGCAUGUGUAUUUUUUUCCUUUGAACCACCUAAAGUGACAGCUGAGCCAGAGACACGGGCAUGUGGAUAGGUACAAAAUGGAGAUGGACAAACUCUUUCCCAGGAGUUGUUCAGAGGUAGAUGGUUGUUUCCAUCACAUGGUGUUUCCGUGGCCCGUUCUGGUGCGAAGGCACUCGGUGCACACAGCAGUGCUACCCCUGAGUCCAUCCCCACAUCCUGAACUCAAGUACCCCAAAUACAGGGAUUCGAAAUUAAUCCAUGUCUUAGUCCAACCUUGAAGUCCCAGCACAGCCCAACAUCCCAAAUCUGUGGUUGCGACCCUGGUCCCAUUUCUGGUUGCAGCGAGGGCUGUGACCCACUCUUGGCUAACCCACUUUUUAGGAAUGGUCGACAAGGACCACGCGCUGCUGCUCUGAGCAUCACCUGUCUGAGGCUGAGCGCUGCUUCCAGCACCUUGUGUCUUUUGCAGAAAUGACUGCACCAUCAUUCCCUCACCGCGCUGGGCACAUUUCAGUGCUCGCUCUGGCCUCAGUGCUUCGGGGAUGCAUCCAUGCCCUCACAAAACAGCAGCGUCCCUGGGUCAGCCACGCCUUGACAGGGCUGGGCCACACGGGGUGAGCAGAGAGGACUUGGCAGCUGAAAUCUGUCUCCCUGCUGCCAUCUCCGCCUUGUACCAUUUCCUCUGACUUUGGCUUGGUGGGUGCUGUAUGAAAAACACUGAAAUGCUGCUCGUUCCUUAAGUGUCCAUAUUUCAGUCUGAAACCAAACUGAGCUGCUGGCUCGCAGGGCAGAGGUGGUCAGCAGGUGGAUGUUAAACCUCCUGAACAUGGCCAUGGCCCCCAGCAGUGCCAUCAGAUUCCCUGAUGCCAGCGUCCCCACAGAACCAUUAGCAGUGAUGGGGUUUGGUCAGUGAUUAGCAGCAGGUCCAGUGCUGAAGCCCAUCAUGCUUGGUGUAAAACACUGCAAUGGAGGAACAUCUUAUUGAAUAAAUAAUAACAAAAAAAGCACCCCAUCAGACAGCAAUGCCCAUCCUCCUCCUGGCUGCUGAAGGCCACAGGUGAAUCCAUCCGUGGGGCUCCUCAGCACAGCCUAGACCAAUCCCUGGUAUCAGGUGCUGCUGCUGGCAUUCCAGAGGAAAAUUUAACAUCAGUGGGGGCAGAGUUUCCAACAUGGAAUUAUCCUCAUGGAUAUUGAGAACCAUUAACACUUUGGUUCACUGAAUGAGACUCAACCCCCAAAACACUUCCUGGCACCCUCUGUGGGUAAGUGGCUGCUGGGUGCAGAGGGUGCCUGGACGUGUGUCCACCCCCAUUGUUCCCAGAGCUCAAGGGUUCAAUGGACAGGCUCUGCCUGGGGCCACAGAAGUUUCCCUGCAGCGCCUGUCCCAAACAGUGACAAACUACAGUCAUUCUCCCAGUGGAGAAGAGUAUCUGAUUCUGCAGAUAUUAACCUGGAGCGCUGCGGGCAAGCCAAGGGAUGUUUGACCUCUGUGGGGGCUUCCGACUGGGAGUGAGGAUUUGGUUAAUGGACUUGUAAGCUUUGCUCUGGCAUUGCCUCCUGCUGCCCACCCCUACCACGCUCCUACAGCAGAAAACCGGAGUGUGUCCCACCGAAAAACUGUUUGCAAUGUGUGCACCGCUCACGGGCCAGCUUGGAAAACCUUCCUGGUGGUGCUGAGCUCCUCUCGCAACGGUCACCGCUCACUCAUGCUUGGCUGCUCUCCUCCUCAAUGCCUUAGAAGUUCCCAAGAGAGAUGGCACCUCGCAGGUCUGGCGUUACAUUUUCAGGGAGAAAGAUUGAUGCUAUUUUGCUACCAGCUCUUGUACUGUACCAUAUCCCAGGUAGUCGUUUUGUCCUGCUUCCUCAUGGUAUUUAGGCAUCUGCCGAGCCACAAACUCAAGCCCAAGUACCCUGUUGAAUCAAAGCCCGUUAUUCUUCUUGCAGCCUUAAUCUCUUGCUACAGAGCAGUUACCAGUUCCAGUGUCUGUCGUCAUGUCUGCUCUAGUUAUGCCGUAUAAUUUGGUGGGGGCUUGACCCCUUGCUCUUUGGUGUCUGUAGGAACCUCUCCAUUGGAUCCAAGCAUUGAGUGAAGCCCUUUGGCUGCUCUUGUUCCCAUUCACCCAUCUUCCUUCCCCUUCCCAAGGAAGUGCUGGGGCAGGAUGGCUGUGCCACAUCCUGGGACUGCCAGGAAACAGCAUUUGAUGCCACAGCACUGUCUGGUGCGGAUGGGCUGCCGUCAGCUCUCGCCGUGUCAGGGGUGGAAGCUGUACCCUCUUCCCAAGCCCACUACAUCCCACCCAAUGGAGCUGUUCAAGGAGAAAUGGCCAAGCCACAGGCUGGGUCAGGCCUGGUUCACAGCAGGAUCCCUGCCCCCUGCUCCGGGUGGCAGUUCCUGGGGAAUAUGUGGAUUCAGUCUCCAUUUGGGAGCUUAUGUGCUGUCUCUUGUAGCAGUGUUGGGGUCUUCAGUGGGCACGAGCAAAAGCUGCCAAGGCAAAAUGUCCAGGUGUGUCCAUCAUCCCUGGGCACCGCUGGCCCCUGGGACAGUCUUGGGUGCUGCAAGAGGCACAAGUGCUUGUUUUGCUGUAACCCCAAAUCCAGCCUUUCUCCCUGGGUGCCCUGAGGGAUGUUCUCACAUCCCUGACCAUCACAAGGGCACAGGCAGAGCGGUACCAUCCCGCUCCCACCACCGGUGAGAGGCACCCCUUCAUGCCUGACCACCCCUCCUGAGGGGCCCAGUGCAUGGUACAGAUUGAGCAUAAAUACCUCAGACCUUCCAGACCAACUCUAUAAGAUCUCAGCCCCUCCACAAAUUCACUCUGCACCAUCACAACCCCUCAGUCCGAGGCCCAGCACGCUGGCAUCCUCCACAUGGCAGCGAAAUCACACCCUGAACUACGUGGGAUGUUGUAAAUCCAGCUUGUAAAUGACCUUCACUUUGUUUUGUUUGGUCUCUCUGAUGUAUAUCUUGCUUUUUUUUUUGCAGGUGGUACUUUCUGGUGUAACAAUUCUCUGCAGUUCUGGUAUGAAGUUGGUGUAUUUGUUAAAAGCAGUUUGUUAUAUCCAUUUAUUUUCUUUUUUUGUGGUUUCCAGAAUCCCAUUGGUGCAUUGUACAAUGGGAUCUUGUAGUGUGUCAUGAGAAAGAAAAAAAAUAUGCAGAUAUGUUAUGGAGUGAUUUUUAUUUUCAAAUGAUUGUGUUGUUGACAACUAUACAUAUAAUACAUAUAUAUAAUCAAGAUACUAAGAAAAAAAUCUAAAUUUACCAAAUCUGUAUAUUUUAAUAAAUGCAUAAAGCUUUA